CAUUCCGUAUUUUCUUUGAUUGGACGGAAACCGACGCUACUCCACAGAUCUGCAGCUGUCAAAAUUACCAAGCAUAUGUUUGGUAAUGAUUGUCGAUAUUCGGAGUGAAUUGAUAACACCUGCGCUCAGCGCUGAGCACGUAGUAACUUACCGGUCAGAUAAGUCUAUUCGAAUUUCGACUAGAGGACCCGUUGAACAUCAUUCGUCGCAUAUUUAAAUUUUCACUCUCUUUUAUUCACGAGUACUACUAUAAUGGCAUAUACAGAGAGCAUUAAAAAGAAGAGUCGAAAGAGCUUGUGUACUGCUUACUUCUUUUGGAUUAUUGGAGGUUGGGCUAGCUUGCACCUAUUGUACCUUCGUCGUUAUGAUCAUGCUUUUGUGUACUGGUGGUCCCUUGGAGGCUAUCUUGGAUGUGGUAUCUUCUAUGACUUCUUCAGGAUUCCUUCUUAUGUCCAGGAAUGCAAUAAUGAUCCUGCUUAUGUCAAGAAUUUCAAAGAAAGAGUAAAGAAAAAAUCAAAACCACCAGUAAGAAUUGUGCGCAUGGUUGGCCAGGUGAUGGUGGGCAACAUGUGGUCUCUCUUGGUGUGCUCGGCCCUGCCCCAGGAGCUGCUCUCUGAAGGGAUACUGCAGUUCAUGUCUGCAAUCAUCGGUCCUUUUGCAGCAGCCAUGGCUGUGUGGGUAAUUGGCAACAUCGGUAAUGAGCAGGCUGGUUCCCCUAAAUGGGCUUUGAUUGGAUCCUAUAUAAUGACACCAUUGGUCUGGUAUAAUGGCACUCAAGUGCUAAAUUCCUGCUCUGUACCAUCCAUGCUGCUCUUCAAUGCCAAGGGCAGACGAUGGCGCCUCUCUCCACCUCCUGCAAAGCCUGCAUGCAGACAAUUCUUAUAUCUCUCUAUGGCAUCAUUGCUUUUUGCUGGCUGCUUCAGUUCGUUUCUUUACUUCAAUGCCAAUAUUCAUACUGAAGGAGAGAAAGUUAAAUUGAGAGACGCUGUUCGCCACUUUGUCAAUUCACCAAUGUUUCAAGAGUUUAAGAAGAACUUCUAUAAAGUCUACAAUGACACCAGAAAUGAGGGCUUUUCAAAGGCGUGGGAGAACUUCAUUGAACUCAUGGAUCCGUUCGGCAGUCAGCAUGCACUAAAGGUUUUGGAUCUUCCCCAAAAUGCUACUCAAGCUGAAAUAAAGGAGAGAGUUCGCACGCUCUCGAAAAAAUGGCAUCCUGAUAAGCACACUGACGAGGAAGCAAAGCUGUUGGCGCAAGAGAAGUUUUUGGAAAUUCAGCAAGCAGGCGACGCGUUGCUGGAGGAGAAGCGGCGACGGGCGAGACGGAAUAAGAAGAGCACUGAGCUUUGAUAUGCUCGCUUGAUUGGCCAACUCUCUCUUUGAUGUGGUGUCAAUACUCGUGUUGUAGUAACAUGGCAUUCAUUUAAACAUGAAUGAACUCUAGACUGAUUUGUCUUCACUCAACACAGUCUAAUCGAUAUGGAGCUUUUUUCGACUACCGUAAGCAUUUUACAGCUAAAUUUUUAUUGGAUUCUCUGCAUACAUUUUGUGCUCCCGUCAUUGAUUAUAAUGUACGUCUUAACCCUUUUAUAGGCAUGAAUGAACUUCUCCAUUGUAUAUCUUUGUCGAUUAAAAUGUUCUCGCGGUAUGGUCUUUGCUUCGAAGGCAUUCUUACCUUAUUACUUAACUAGAAAUGUAAUUUUCAAUUGUGAAUGAUCAAGAUUUCAACCUUUUUCUAUGUCAACGUCUGUUGCAAAACUGUAGCGCAACUGGAACAAAGUUUUAUACUAGAUGAUUAAUGUCCUUUGUUCAACACAUGCCUUUGAUUGUAUAUUUGAUGUCCCAAUUGGAUUGGCUGCAAUUCAUUGCCUUUGUAUCGACAUCUCCGUCAUUUACUUGUAAGGUAGCUGAAAUUUUAUGCCCUCACAUUGUUAAUGCUUCGGUUCCGUGGACUUGUUUAGCUUCUAGUUCCUUAGUUCAACGUUUGAGUGCAGCGUCAAUUAGGGCUCUUCUUGUCUUGUGUGAUUUAUUGAUGGCAUUCCAGGAGUUACUCGCAAUAAAUUUAUUUUCUAAUGAAUUUUCGCUCAUAGAUUAGCCCCUAAAUAAAUAAUCCAUUCGGCUCAUAAAUUUGUUAGUAUGUUUAAUGUUCUAACCCUAAUUUAAGUUUCUAUCAACUUUAUAAAAAAAGGUUCGAUAUUCGCAAGUCUGACUUGUCUAAGAACUAAGAAACUCACUACGAUCUGAAAGCUGCCAGUUGUGCAUUAUUGUUUACUCUAAACUCCUUAUUCAUUCUCGUUAUAUUGAUUUACUUGAUUUUCUUGCGCUAUGUUAGGAGAAGAGUUAUAUUUUAAAUGUUGUAGUUGGUAAGUAAUUUUUACUUGCUUAAUCUUUGACAUUAAGGCAUUCUUCUCAUCGCAUGCGAAACGAAUUGUUCGCCAAUGCAGUAUUCAGUGAUUUUUCUCUUAGUCUCUCCAUUUCAUUUGUCUUGGAUGAGAUUAGGCUAACUAUUAUUAUGAAUGAUAUUAUUAUUUUAUUUUAAAUUUCUACUGGUGUAGACUUGAAGUGGGAUGUGAGCUUCCAUCAGAGCUCCAAUAACACUCCUUCGUCUUUUGCUUCUUCGGCAUCAUUGAUGAACUUAUAAGGUCUACAAACGAACGUGUCAACUCGCCUUUUUAAUUUACAGACCAUGAAACCGAAUUAUUCUUACCUCGACUGCACAUCAUUCCAUUCGAAUUUUCUUCGUUGUCGUUUUUAUGCAAACCAUUAAGUAUUCAGAUGACCUCUGUACAUUAUCAUUAUCAGUAAGCUAAGACUCAUUAUUAGUCUUAAAUCUCAUGUAGCUCACGGCGUGCCUCUACUCACUUGUAACUCGUGUGUUGUGCUCAUACACUUUGUGCACAAAUGCUUCUUCACCGAGGAAGUCUAUUCAUAUUUUGUGGGGUUACUUCGAUAAGCUUUGUACGGUUUACAACAAUAAGACAUAAGUACGAAUCAUGGGGGAGAUGUCCCUUAGCGGUUCGUUCGUGUCAACGAACCGGUGUUGAAUUUGAUAAAUUUCUUCUGAAGAACUGAUGUAUUUCUGUGAGGAAUUAUCCUUGAAUAUAUUUUGUUUACCACUGUUGCAUGCUACAAGUAUCGCAAUGUUAACAUUUGUUAUAAGACUAAUUUGCGUGCGAAAAAUAUCGUGCAAUCGUUAAAUUUACCACCAAAAUUAUGUUUACAUAAUCUACAUUUUUUUGCUAGUGUAUGUUAGAGACAAUUCUAUUACAAGUAUUACGAAAAGUUGUAAAUUUUACUUUACAUAAGGUCUACCAAGUUUACUUAUGAGUAACUCUUGAAGUUAUUGGCUGUCAUCACCAAAUAAUAGCACAACGUCUGGAGAGUAUCGUUUUCUUGAACAUUAUUGAAGUCUUCAGUUAUAAUAGUUCAUUUGUUUAACGAGUGUUACAUUCCUUUGUUUAAGGGAUUUAUUUACCGUCAUGAAUGACGCUCAAAAUUUGGUCACUUACCUAAGCCUUUGCAAGCGACAUGGGAUUAAAUAUUUUGCUAAAGUUCAGAAAAUGUGUAUUGGGCAUUUCAUCUAGUUGUGUUUAUUGCUUUCGUUCAUUUUUAUAACUUCUAAUCAAGCACUGUCAUUUUGAAAUUACUUAGCGUGUAUUUUGCCAUAGCCUGUAAAAUGUAAACAGUUUUAUGAAUCCAUAGCUUACGUUAUUCUGAUGCCAGAUUUCAUAAUUUUUUUAUUGAAACGUUUCUUGUAAUUGAAUGUCUUUAAAUCGAAAAAAAUGCGCCGCUAGUCUACGGGCUCAAAGAGAGAAAUGACGAGCCUUUCCUGUUUAUUGAGUUUUGUACUUAGUGGUCAGACGAUCGUUAAAUUACAGCACAAGAAAAAGAAGUGACAAAAGUUAAA